AUGACGGACGCCGACCGUAUCACCCCAGGCUGGACGACGCUCAUCUGUCUGGCUAUCGUCGUAUUUCUCAUUCUCGUCCGGUCGCGGUCAUCUUGGGCACAUCCGCCUCUGCCCCCUGGUCCACCAGGCGAGUUCCUUCUUGGCCAUCUCCGUAUUAUACCCAAAGAGAGGACAGCCGAAGUGUAUGAGAAAUGGGCCAGGGAAUAUAAGUCGGAUAUCAUUCACGUCAGGUCCCUUGGCCAGUCCAUGAUCGUGCUGAACAGCGUCAAUGCCGCCAAGGAUCUCCUCGACCGUAGAGGGGCCAACUACUGCGACAGGCCCAGAUUUGUCCUCUUCGAGGUCAUGGGCUGGGGCAAGACGCUGACCUUCCUCCCCUUUGGUCCCCGCUGGCAGAUGCACCGAAAGCUGCUGCAGACCACUUUCAGUAACACAAACGUUCGGCAGUGGCACUCUUUACAGGUUACAGAGGCCCGCAAGUCGGUCCACAACAUAGUGCAGAACCCAGAGAACUGGGAAAUGUCCAUGAAAAGGUUUGCCGUUGCCAUUGUUCUCAAGGUGAGCUUUGGGAUCGACGUACAAGAUGACAACGACCCGUAUGUCAAGAUAGCCGAAGACGCCAUGUACGCGACUGGGAACGGUGGCGUCCCCGCCAACAGCAUUGUUGACAUAUUCCCCCUUGCUCGUUAUUUGCCCGACUGGUUAGUUCGAGACUGGUCACUGAAAUUUGCGCGCGAAUGGGGAUGGGCCAUACGGAAGCUGCAUGAUGUUCCGUUCGCAGCUCGUGGUAGGGACAGCCCAUCUUUUGCGCACACGCUGUUGGAAACAUACACGUCCAACACCAAGACGGGGCACACUAAUGAGUGGUCACUGGACGACAUCAAGGGGGCUGCAGGCGCCAUCUUUAUCGCAGGGGCAGACACGACUUGGGCCACCAUUGUUGUUUUUGUAUUGAAUAUGGUGUUGAAUCCCAAGGUUCAGAGGAAGGCCCAGGCAUUGAUCGAUGAGGCUGUCGGGCACGACCGACUACCAGAUCUGUCGGACCGUCCAUCUCUUCCGUACAUCGACCACGUUGUCCAGGAGGUCUACAGAUGGUCACCGUUGGCGCCGUUGGGAAUUCCCCACAAGGCCCUUGAGAGCGAUGUCUAUAACGGCAUGUUCAUCCCGAAAGGGUCGAUUGUCUUCUUUAAUUCGCGCGCCAUGACUCAAGAUGAGAGGAUAUACCAGGACCCCAAGUCUUUUAACCCAGACAGGUAUCUGCCGCAAUCGUCUGGAGGUCAUGGCGAGCCCCUGCCACUUGGGCAAUUCGGCUUCGGGCGCCGAGUCUGCAUCGGCAGGUUUCUGGCAGACAACAGUGUCUGGAUUGCUGUUGCCACGAUGCUUGCCACUCUCAACUUCAGCAAGAAAGUCGGACCAGAUGGUCGGGUUGUCGAGCCCAAGGUGGCCUUUACCAACGGUGGCACCUGGUGA